AUGAGUUCUUGCAGCAAUGUCUGUGGCUCCAGGCAGGUGCAGGCUGCAACUGAAGGUGGGUACCAGCGCUACGGAGUCCGGUCCUACCUGCACCAGUUUUAUGAGGACUGUACCACCUCUAUCUGGGAGUAUGAGGAUGAUUUCCAGAUCCAGAGAUCACCUAACAGGUGGAGCUCAGUAUUCUGGAAGGUCGGACUCAUCUCUGGCACAGUCUUUGUGAUUCUUGGCUUGACUGUUCUAGCAGUGGGCUUUGUGGUGCCCCCCAAAAUUGAAGCCUUUGGUGAAGCUGAUUUUGUGGUGGUUGACACACAUGCUGUCCAGUUCAACGGAGCCCUGGACAUGUGCAAGCUGGCGGGGGCUGUUCUCUUCUGCAUCGGGGGUACAUCCAUGGCAGGGUGUCUGCUGAUGUCGGUGUUCGCCAAAAGCUACUCUAAAGAAGAGAAAUUCCUUCAGCAAAAGUUCAAAGAGCGAAUCGCAGACAUCAAGGCCCAAACUCCACCCAUUACAAAAGCUCCAGGCCCGGGAGAAACAAAGAUCCCGGUCACUCUGUCCAAGGUACACAAUGUCCAGCCCAUCUCGACAACCUGA